UUAUUGUUAACAUUUCAUUGCGAUCGGACCGGGUAUCGAUUUGUUAUUUGUCUUAACAACACUGAGACACACAGAGCGAAACAUUUAAUCGGGAAAUUUUGUUGCAAAACCAUCAAACGUCCAUAGAAAAACAACGAAGAGUUACAUUUAUAUCUUCAUUGCAUCGAACCAUUUAUUUUUUUAUAUUUGGUUAAUUUGGAGAAAACAUUUUCUGGAGAUAAAAAAAAAUAUAUAUUAAAAAAAAGUGGAAAAGUGCUGGGAAAAGAAAGGAUAUUGAGACAAUUGAUGAUAACGGUGAAAACAGCAGAAAUAUUAUACUAGUGCUAACGAACACAAAAUCAAGUAUAGAAAAAUACGACGUCUGUUCCCGCCGAAACAGAGACAUUCAGCAACAAAAGCAAAAAAAAAGAAAAUUCAAUUUUUUUUUUUGAGUGAACGGUGUUUUAAUUGCCAUCAACAUAGGUUCGGGACAAAGUAAUGGUUUUUGUAAUGGAGGCACUCGAAUGGGAUAUAUGCAAGGAUCACAGACACGUAGCAAGUAUAAAAAUACUGAUUCAGCACAAAAUCACGUCGAUCGUGUUCGUGUACCCGAUCCAAAUUGUCAAUUUGGUGGGCCAGGCCGUGGAUCCGGUUGGCGUCAUCGUUCAUUAUCCAACAUCGAUUUAACCUCACAGAGUAAGCAUUCGUUCACUAAACAAACGAAAGGGUACACAUCCAGUUUGUACGAUUUAUAUUCACGUUUAGAAGGCCGAAAAGAUAAAAACGAUUUGGAAAACUUGUACGGAAAUACAAACGUAAAUAGUGCUGAAAAAGUUGAAUCAAUAUAUGAUCGUAUUGAGCAAACUUUAGACACAAUUAACAAAUCGGAAUCGUGUAGCUUGCGUCGUACCAGAAGUUUGGCUGUUAUACGCGAAGAGACAUUCAACGAUUUACAAAUUGGUAGCGGCAUCCGAUCGAGACGCUCACAAUUGAUACCACGUGCAAAGCUUUUGAAUCGCAGCUUCUUCCAAAAUCGUUUUUUGUGUUGUGAUUACAGCAGCAACAGCAGCACCAAUAACAACAACAACAAAGUACAUCGGAAGAAAUAUCGGGGUGAAGACGAUAGUGGCAGUGGCGUUGAUACGCAAACAUCCGAAACUCGCGAAUCGGAUGAUUAUUGUGGUAAUUUAAAGAAGCUUCAAGGCACUCAAAUCAUUCAAAAGGGCGAUCAAAAACUAUUGCCCGCUUUGUGGGUUAAUGACAAAAGCGAUUUGGACAGUCUUGAUUCGGAUUAUUUUAAAAAUUCAUUGCAUCAAUUGGACGGCAGUGGAAUCUAUUCGACAUAUGAAGGCAAAGAUCCAUACACGGGUCGAAUAAUUGGUACGCCAGAUAUAUCACUUCAAAACGGUUACAUUGACGAUAAUUUAUCACUGAGAUCGGAUGCACAAGAGCAAUCACCGUUGCCCGACUAUUGCACCAUCAAAACGGAUGACAUCUAUUCAAACAAUAAAUUUGUUAGCGCCGAAGAUGUAUCGGUGAUUCAUGUAAACGGCGGCACCAGCAGCGUUGAUACGAACACAUACAAAGCGAAACGAUCGAAUGGACCAUUGAUAAUUUGUGAAAACGAACAAGCCGAAAAUCGUCGUAUAUCGGAUAUUGUUGGCAUUGAUGAAAUUGAACCAGAUCGAAAACCGAAAUUCCGUGAAGACCAUAAAAGUGUAAUAUCGUACGAUUCAAUUUAUUUGUCGUCGGAAGGUAGCAACGAAGCGGCAACCAUUGUUGAAGAAGAGGAAAAAAUUAACGAAUAUCUAUCGGAUAACAAUUAUUCCACAUUGAGCGAAUAUAUGAACACAAAAAAGGACACAAAAGCAACGACGACGACAACAACAACAACAACGGAAGCAUCAACAGCAAUUAUUGAACCAAUUGCAAAAGAAGACGGUGACAAUUUAUACAGUCAAAUUAACAAAAAUCCACCAGCAAGAAGCGGCAACAUUGCAAGUGAAACAAAAACAAAACUCACCACAUUCUCGGAUAUAUCGAAUCGUGGUACAUUAGAACGGCUCACAUUCAUUUCGUCGGGAAGCGGUGCGCACAACAACGAAAUCAAUAAAAAGGUUGAAAAACCACUGCCACCAACAACAUUAACACCACGUGAUUCGGUUGCUAUUGAAAAUCAGUACUGUUCAUUGCCAUUGGCAAAUAUUAACAAAAGUCUUCAAGCAUCGGAACGAAUUGAUGCAAAACUUCGAUUGUCUUGCUAUCCAUUGGAAGAGCAAACGAAAAUUUACGAUUCGAUUACAAACUUUGGUCGUGCCCAUAAAAAAAUUCGACAACGCGAAUCAUACGAACCAUCACCACCACAUCCAAUACCAAUUCAAAAGGAGGUCAAAUCAAAAGAGCCGAUUUUCAUUGAAUUUUCAAAAAUUGUGCCGGAACAAGCUGUUAUCGUUGCGCCUGCCACCAUUAUUACCGCACCAGUUGCCAUCGAUGCUCUCGACGACAACGUUUUGAGUGGCGUGACAAAGAAUAAUUCAAUUGUCAAAAACAACAGUGCCGAUGAAUCGAAUCAUUUAGUGAAAAUCGAUGAAGAGUGUAUUUCAUUAUUUUCAGCGGAAUUGAAUGAAGUGGAUAAUUUGAGCACAAAAAAUUGUGAAAUCGACGAAAUUCGUGAAAAACCGAAAAACAUUUUAUUGCCGGCCAAACAAAAAUCAAUCGAAUAUAGUAGUUCACCCGACAUUCAAAUCUCACGAGAUAAUAACAUCGAAGAAACGGUUGAUGUGCCAGCUGUUAAAGUAAACCGAAGCGGUGGUCAUAAAUCAUAUCAAAAAUCACAUUAUUCGAAACGCCAACACCAUCAUUACAGCAAAAGUGGUGAACGUUUUGGCGAUAGUCGCGAACAUCGUAUGCAUUCGAAUUUAAAAGUCAAUUUGUCGAACACGUUGAAGCGUCGCUUGGAAAAUAAAACCAAACAUAAUCUCAACGAGAAAUUGACACGAAACAACGAUAAAUCAAGACACCAUAAGCAUCAUCAUCGUGUCCAGCAGGCAAUUAUUGAAAACAUUAAAACACACAUUGUUCAACCAAAUUUCAAUAUGUCACGACCGCAAAUAAUGCAUGUAAUCGAUUCGAAACGCAAUCUACCAAAAUCGGCGUUAAAAAAUAGCAAAGAAAAUAAAGAAAAUGAAAUGAUCAAUGUGAAUACGACGGUAACCGGUCAGGCGAAACAUGAAAUGCUACGAAAAGUCGAUUCGGUUAGAACCUAUUGGUCAAAAUUAAUUGAUACCGUUGAUGGUGAUGAAGAUAUGGUUGACAUGAUGGAAAAUUUACAAGACAAUCGAAAUUUAAAUGCAUCAACCACAUGCAUUAGCGAAACGAUGAGCGCUAAUUCAACACUUAAUCGUAUACUUGAUACAAAUAAAUUGAAAAAAUCAAGUAACGAAGAAAUGGUCUUGAAACCACCAACCAUUAGCGUUUCCAAUAAUACUUUACGGCGAGCUGCAUCGGCCGCAUCAGGAUUACAUUCAUUAUUGUAUACGGAUCGUGAUGAAUUAAACAGUUACACACCAUCGGUGGAAAUUGUCGAAUUGGACGAUCAAAAGCAAGCCGCUAUUGUAAAGGUACAAGGAGUUGAUGCCGAAGAUUUCGAUCAUGUUCGAUACAAAGUCAUGAAAACUGAUACAUUCCAGAAAAACUUGCUCAAUCACACCCGUAAAGAACCACCAUUGGAUGGACUGUUACAGUAUUUGAACGACUAUCGUUUUCAGGAAUUAUUAACCCAGAAUAAUGUGGUCAUAAUUGAACCGGUACGAACGAAAAUCGAACCAAUAUCCAGUAAAUCGCACGAAUCGCCACUUUUAACUUGUAAAAUAACUGCUGGCGCUGGAAAAGGUGACGGUAGCAAAGGUGGAUUGCGAAAGCAUUUCUUUUAUCAUCCGAUCCGUGUCAAUAAAGAGUUGAUUGACGAAGAGCUACCCACACCGGAUACCGUUCGUAAUGCAAAAAAACUCUUUGAAGAAACGUUACUUCUGUGCCCGAUGAAAGCACAAAAAUCGAGAAGCAUGAUUGGUUUGAAUGAAAAUUGUAAAAGUAUCGAUCGAAAAUAUUUAACCUUGGAAACAUUCAACAAUGGGCAAAUGAAGAGUAACAGUAAACAUAGUUUGAAUACUAGUGGCAUUAUUUAUAGUGGAACUGGUAACGUAUGUAAUCGUAUUAAGAAAUGGGAUUCAUCGAGUCUCUCGAGUGGAAUAUCUAGCGGUGAUUUGAGUUCACCGUGCGAUUGCAACGAUAAUGAUGACACAAAAAUGAUAUCCAACGAAAAUGCAAAUGAACUAUGCGAAUCAUACUACGUAAGCCAGGAUAUACUGGAAAAGAUACGUGAAUGUGGCUCAUCGGUUACGUACUAUGGCGGUCGUGUGCUGAAUAAUCAAUCACCUGAAGUGAGCCCAAUGACAAAAGCUAUAAUGCGAGAAAUUCACCACAGUGAUAAUAACAUUUGCGAAGUUUGUCAUCCAAACAACGGUUCACAUGCUAACCGAUUAUACACAAAUUUCUGUGAUGCGGAUAAAAAUCAUUUGGGUAUGAAAUUACGUUUAAUAAAGUCAAAUAGCUGCAAUAGCCGCUUAGAAUUGGCCGGAACACGUUUUAAUGAUGGGCCAUUACAUAAAUUUUGCUCGCGAAAUCGUAGCAUUUCGAAUACAGAGGACACCGUACGAAAUAUCAUCCAACGAAUUGAAACGAAUGCAAUUCAAGAGAAACGCGUACCACGUAUCAUUGAAUCGAAAUGCAUCGAAAAAGCGGCCACCGAUGCAGCAAAAAUCAAACCAAUCAGCUCAUUUCGAAAGCAAGAUUUGAGUGGAUUGUCAAAAUCAAUGGAUCGAUUGGGACCGAUUGAGAUACUAUCACAAGUCAGUGUGAAAAAUCACAUAAAUGCAAUCGGAAUGAAAGCGAAUAGCAGCGGUUGCAUUGGUGGCAGCAGCAGUAACAUCGUCGCCAAAGUAUCAAAAGAAGUUUUAUUGCCACGUAAUAAAGACGUUGAUCUUGCACUUCAAAUGAACAUAAAAUCGCAUAAAGAAAAAGAUAAAGUUAAAACCGCAACACGAAAGGAACUAUUGAAUGGCAACAAGGAGAAGGGCAACGCAGGUGAAAUUCGAUCAACAACAAGAAAAACCGGUCCAAUUACAGCCACCGUUCGGCCAACAUCGAUGCUCACCAAAGCCGAAUUGGAUGAACGACAACAAAUCAAGGAAACUCAUAAAGCAAUAUUAGAGGAUUUGUGUAAGGUGGUCGCCAGAUCCGAAGAGGAAAAAAGCAAGAAAAACAACUUAGUGAAAUGGGACUCACUUGAGAAAAACUAUUUUGCAAAUGAUAUGGCCUUGAAACGUAAACCAAAAUACGAUGACAUUGAAUUUGAAGAAUUUGAAGUAAUCGAACCGAAAAAAUGAACCGACCGAUGCAUAUGGCAGCAAACAAAAAUUUAGCUUAACUUUUAAGCAUUUAUCGCAUAAAGUUUAUUUGUUGUUAUUGUUUUUCCAAAAUAAUCGGCCAAAAAGUGUUCAACAGUGCCUACAAAAACAAAAACAAAAACGGAAACAAACAGCAACGUAUUGAUUUCCUUGUCUAAUUUCAGGCAUUGGUACGUAAUGUAAUUGGCGUGAAAUUAUAAAAUGUAUAUGAAGCAAAACCCACAUUUAAAAUUAAUCACAUUCAAUCCACUUAAUGUUUGUUCUAUUUUUUUUUCAUUACUUUUCAUUCACGCCUGUUCUCUGUAUUUAUUUUUAUAAGAAUUUCUUCGAAAAAUGUAUUUCACUUUUCAGCGAUCCAAAAAAUGAAAUGUAGCGGUGCCCAAGUUCUUGAAAACAACUAUAUGUAGUUUUGCUUGCAAAGAUUGUUGGUAACAUACUAUGAGAAAAAAAGGAUUUAUUCAUUAUACAUAUACAUUCAUACAAAACACUUAUUAUUUAUUUUAUAAAUUCAUUUCUAUUGAGUCUGUUUGGUUUAUCAUAUGUUACUGAAAACGAAAAUAUUACAGUUGUUAAUUGAAAUUUAAAUAAUAUAAUAAAGCCUAUAAACCAGA